AUGAAGAGAAAGAUUCCCACCUCGAUCGACUCAACUGAUCUCAUGCUCGAGAUACUCUCGAGAUCUUCAGCGAAAACAGUUUCAAGGUUUCGUCGCGCUUCCAAAUUCUGGGAGUCAACGCUUCGCCGUCAUUAUUUCACAGAGUUGUUCCUAACGAGAUCAUCAGCUAGACCACGUCUAUUAAUCUCCCUUGAAAAAUCCGGUGAGUUGAUCUUCUGCUCAUCUACUCAGUUACAGAAUCCUGAGGAUUCGUCUCUUGUAGUAACCGCCGAGUUUCAUAUUAGUUUCCCCGCAGAUUGGCGUUUACAAAAUUGUUAUGCUGUCUCUGGAUUGGUCUAUUGCCUUAAUUCACCGUUCUCGGUGGAUAGAUUACCUGUAAUAUGUAAACCUAGCACGGGACAACACGUAAGUUUACCAAAACCUAAAGUGACCAAGGAGUUGGUGCAUAACUUUUUUGGGUAUGAUCCGAUUCUAAAACAAUUUAAGGUACUGGUCAUGAGCCAUGCUAAAGACGUUGCAAUCCAUGAGGCUUGGAUUUUGACACUAGGAACUGCACAGUGGAGGUUGAAAAAACGGAGAUGUCUCCAUUAUCCUUUGUCUGAGGGGAUAUGUAUCAAUGGUGUUUUGUAUUAUAUAGGUCGAGUAGUAGAAGUUAAUGGCAUUGGACUUUGGUCAAGGCCUAGUGUUUUGGUUAAUUUCAAAGGUAAGUUAGGAGGAAUUCAGAGUGAGUGGCGUGCUAAUGAUGCUGUAGAUGGAAGGCUUAGCCUUGUGUUGUCUUUAUGGGUUUUAGAGGAUGCCGUGAAGCGGGAGUUUUCGAAACGUGUCUACAAUUUGCCGGAACUGUGGGAGAACCGAAACGUUAAUGCCUCUGUUCACAUUGCUGGAGUGACUUCUACUGGUGAAGUUGUUUUGUCGAGGGAGUAUACAUCUUCUAACCCAUUCUAUGUUUUCUACUUCAAUCUUGAUAGCUACACUCUUCGAAGAGUUGAAAUCAAAGGAUUUGAAAAGUUUGAGAGAUAUAGAGUUCGAACCUUUGUAGACCAUGUUGAGGAUUUAAAGUUUCUAGCAGCGGGCUAA